AUGAGUAAAGUAUUAAAAUUUUCUGGACAUAAUUAUUUUCGACAACGAUUAAUUCUUUCAAUAUUAAGUGGGAAAACCAUCAAAAUUAAUAAAAUUCGUUCAGACGACAAUAAUCCCGGUUUUUUAAGGUUAUUGGAUAAAGUAACAAAUGGUUCAACUCUGGAAAUUAAUUAUACAGGCACAAGUGUUUUAUAUAAACCCGGAGUAAUCACCGGAGGAAAAAUUAAUCAUGAUUGUGGUAUUUCUCGAGCAAUUGGAUAUUUUUUAGAACCAUUAAUCGCUUUAGCACCAUUUGCGAAGAAUCCAUUUAAUUUAACUUUAACUGGAAUUACCAAUGAUAAUAUUGAUAUUUCGGUUGAUACCAUAAGAACCGUGACUUUGUUACAACUUGGAAGAUUUGUUACAGAAGAAGGACUAGAAUUAAAGAUUUCUAAACGAGGAUCCGCUCCACUUGGCGGAGGUGAAGUUACUUUUAAAUGUCCAGUCGUGAAGUCAUUAAAACCAAUACAAUACAUAGAUGAAGGUCGAAUAAAACGUAUUCGUGGUAUUGCGGUUUCACCUCAAAAUGCAAAUCGAAUGGUAAAUUCAGCAAGAUCAAUAUUGAAUAGAUAUAUUCCUGAUGUUUACAUAUAUACCGAUGUUUACAAGGGUGAAGAAUCUGGAAAAUCACCAGGAUUUGCAAUUUCUUUAGUAGCCGAAUCCACAACGGGAGUUCUUAUUUCAGCGGAACAAGCUGCGAAAUCAGGAGAAACCCCGGAAGAUAUCGGUCAAAGAACCGCAAAAAUUUUACUUACGGAAAUACGAAAAGGCGGAUGUAUUGAUUCUUUAAAUCAAUGGUUAAUUUUAUUAAUGAUGGUAUUGAGUACUGAAGAUGUAUCAAAAAUCAGAUUAGGACAAUUGACAGCUUUUACAAUACAAUAUAUACGAGAUCUUAAAAAUUUCUUUGAUGUCACAUUCAAAAUCAAACCUGAUCCCACAACCAACACAUUAUUAAUGGCUUGUGUUGGCGUUGGAUACAUUAAUUAUAGCAAGAAAAGUACUUAA